UCUGCCCCGUAAUGCGGAUCUUUCACACUCGCCUCGCAGACGUUUAAAGCCUAUGUAGUGUAACUUCUGCUGUGAUCUCGCAGACAGCCUUUGAGUGACUGACUGGGUGCGCUCGAAGGCGGAUGGGAGGCGGAGGAGUGUGUCCAAUGGCACGGCUGAGGAGGCGGUGUGCGGUGACAAGAGAGAGGCGGGCUGCAGCAGCCAGCUGUUGGAAAGCAGCGCUCCUGAACCAUCCGCUACUACUGCACCAGGUGAAUAUCUCUACAUCACAACAACGAGAGACCAGAAGAAGACAAGACUUGUGCUCUAUUACAGUGUUUCUUUAUUUUUAUUUUUUUUGUUAUUGUUGUUUUUUUAUGUAUCUGCGACUUUUCCUGGUUGACUGGUCUCGAUCAAGUGGGUGAAACUCGGUUGGUAAACAGAGAGAGACAAGAAGAAGAAGAAGAAGCUCGAGAUCAGGUAUUUUACAGAGUGUCAGACAGCAGAAAAAAAUGGGAAGAAAGAAAAUACAAAUUUCUCGUAUUCUGGACCAGAGGAAUAGACAGGUGACUUUCACCAAGCGUAAGUUUGGUCUAAUGAAGAAGGCCUAUGAGCUGAGCGUGCUGUGUGACUGUGAGAUCGCCCUCAUCAUCUUCAACAGCACCAACCGUCUGUUCCAGUAUGCCAGCACAGACAUGGACAAAGUGCUGCUCAAGUACACAGAGUACAGCGAGCCACACGAGAGUCGCACCAACACGGACAUACUGGAGACUCUGCGUAGGAAGGGCCUCGGUCUUGAAGGCUCAGAGCUCGACAGUGAGGAGAGCAUGCAGGUGGCCGCAGAUAAAUAUCCUCUCAGCGAAGGGAUGGAUCUCUCUGUGGCUCGCCAGCGCUUCUAUACUCCUUCGCUCCUCUCACCCGAGGCUCAGUUCUUGGUUUCUGCAGGCUGUGAGAACGGUUUCCCUAACUCCUCCGGAUCCAGCAUGGCGUCCCACAGACCUCAGGGAUUUAAAUCUCUGAGCUCCAGACCCAGCUCCGCCAGCCCUGCUGCACCGCAUGCACACACUGCAUUCAUGUCUCCACACUCAGGUAUCGGCUACUCCGUGUUCUCCCAUGGCAGCCUGAAUCGAGCUCUGGACAUGAAAAGUCCACCUCCUCUGAACCUGGGUGUUGAGAACCAGCGAGGGGAUUCAGCUUCUCAGGGCAUGGGGGCCACACGUGUUAACCACAGCUCUGCUAGGGGUGUCUUGUACCAGGGUCUGCACAGCGGCAGCUCCAUGGUGGCCAUGGGCAAGGCAGGGCUGCUGGGUCACAGUUUGGGAGGGUACGGCCUUCCCUCUCCUGGAGGCUCUGAGUACAGCCAACCUGGUUUUUAUCACUCUGUUAGUCUACAACGAGGAGCUGUGAACCCCUGGCAGCCAGCACAGCCGCCUCAGGAGCCCCAUGGGCCUCAUAUAAGCCCAGGGAUGUCCAGUGGAGGGUGCUCCUUCCCCUCCCAGUCUUGCUCCUCAACCUCUCCACAUCUGCCCUCCCUCAACCUCAGCAUCAAAUCGGAGCGUAGCUCCCCUGAGCACAUGUCCUCACCCACCUCCCCUCCUCUACACCACCUCAGGCAGCACUCGCCAAUGAGCAACCCCGAUUCGGCUCGCCAUACCCCUCCGGAAGGCCGUCCGGCCAAUGAUACGAAGGAGUUUCCCAAAACCGGCUACCCACAGGAUGAAGAGGAAGGGGGGCAGCCGCUCAGGCAGUUAGCGAUAAGUGAUGGGUGGCAGAGAUAGCUGGCUGCUGCAGUCUAACACCAUCACCAAUUUAAUCAGCUAUCUUCCAUCUAAACCAGUCCUCUCUUACACACACACACACACACACGCACACACACACACACAGAUAAAGCACAGAAGAUAGCGUGAUGGGGUCGAUUUGUCCCCAUCAUCCCAGAGAGGAAUGCCUCUCUUUGUCUCCUCACACAGAGCUGGUCUCUCCUGGGCGAUGGAGAAUUUUUCUCUGCAUCACUUGAUUGAUCCCAUGAGGAGAAAGAAAGAUGCACACAGACAUUUAAUUCUUUUUGUUUGGGUUUAGCUUUAGUUUUCUGUGUGGAGGUUAAUGUGUGUCAAAGAAUACAAAUUUGAAAACGCGUUGGUUUUUUUCGUUCUGUUACUUUGUUGAAGUUAGCUACAGCAGCACAUCGGGACCAGCUGAAUAUCUCCAAAACCGCUUUGAAGCUUUAGCCCCAAAAUCUGUGGUACUGUCUCCCCACAUAAAACCAGUUAGAUGUCACCCGUCACUGGAGCCUUGGCCUUUUUUUUUUAAAAUACACUAGGACAUUUUAAAGGAUAAGUUCCUAGAAAUGGGUUCAUUGAAAUAGUUUUUCACUGUGAGAAUCCAAAACAGCCGUGAAAAAACAAGAAGAGCCUCAGCCUGUGCAAAAAUACAGUCCAAAACUCAGCUAAUAGGAGGUUUAAGCAGUGUAAAUGCAUCAAAUCAAGUUGGUAUCUUUAAAAUGUCGUUUCAAUAGGUUCGCCUGCACACAGACAGAGAGAGAGAGAGUAACAUACAGAGGCAGUUUUGUGCUAAAAAUACUGUAACUUUGCAAAGAUGUCAACUUGAUUUGUCUGACUCAAGACUGCUGAAGCCUCACAUUGCCUCCAGACUGACUCUGGAUUUUUAGACAGAAUCAGAAAUUGUAUCCCUAAUUUCUUCCUGCACGUUAAGCGGGGGGACAUAUUUGGGGUCAGUAUGGACAGGAGGAACAAUUACAGC